UCUCAAGCAAACACUGCAUCAUGAAUGCCUUGAGUUUCCUUAUUUUCCUGUGUGCGAUCGCUGCGGUUGCUAUUGAAGCUGGCAUUAUCUCAACACAUCCUGAUGAACUAAUUGCUAGUCCAGCACAAUAUGAAUUUCAUUAUUCCGUACAUGAUGGACACACUGGAGAUGUGAAGGAUCAGUUUGAGCAUCGUCGUGGUGAAUAUGUUACCGGUCGGUAUUCCCUUAUCGAACCCGAUGGCCAUCGCCGCAUUGUGGACUAUACCGCAGAUCCUUUGUUGGGUUUUAAUGCUCAAGUUCGUCGCGAACCAAUUUCAUUAAUUACCCGGCAUUGAAACGUAAAUGAUUGAAAAUAUAGCUAAACGGAAUCUAUAGACCUGGAUUUGCUUCAAAGUUUGUGGCUGUUAUUUUGAAAAUAUUAUGAUAAUAAAAUGUACUCUUCAGUAGAACAAA